CCCCCGCAGGUCUGGCCGCCGCUCGGGCGCGCGCGCUGAGCCCCCCGCGUCCGGAGGCAGGAGCCCGGCCAUGGUGAAGGAGCCCAGAGGGGACGGGGACGGCGGUCCCACUCCCCGCUCGGAGGGCAGCAGCAGCGGCAGCGAGAGCUCCAAGGAUAGUUCGAGAUGUUCCACGCCGGGGCUGGACCCUGAGCGCCACGAGAGACUCAGGGAGAAGAUGAGGCGGAGGAUGGAAUCCGGUGACAGGUGGUUCUCCUUGGAGUUCUUUCCUCCUCGGACUGCUGAGGGAGCGGUCAACCUCAUCUCGAGGUUUGAUCGGAUGGGGGCAGGUGGCCCCCUCUUCAUAGAUGUGACCUGGCACCCGGCAGGGGACCCUGGCUCAGACAAGGAGACGUCCUCCAUGAUGAUUGCCAGCACCGCCGUGAACUACUGUGGCCUGGAGACCAUCCUGCACAUGACCUGCUGCUGUCAGAGCCGGGAGCAGAUCACAGGCUAUCUGCACAAGGCCAAGCGGCUGGGCCUGAAGAACAUCUUGGCGCUGAGGGGAGACCCCGUGGGCGACCAGUGGGAAGAGGAGGAAGGAGGCUUCAGCUAUGCCGCGGACUUGGUGAGGCACAUCCGAAGCGAGUUUGGGGACUACUUUGACAUCUGUGUGGCAGGUUACCCCAAAGGCCACCCCGACGCAGGGAGCUUUGAGGCCGACCUGAAGUACUUGAAGGAGAAGGUAUCCGCAGGAGCCGACUUCAUCAUCACCCAGCUUUUCUUUGAGGCUGACACAUUCUUCCACUUUGUUAAGGCUUGCAGCGAGAUAGGCAUAACCUGCCCCAUCCUCCCCGGAAUCUUUCCUAUUCAGGGCUACCACUCCCUUCGGCAGCUCGUGAAACUGUCCAAGCUGGAGGUACCGCAGCAGAUCAAAGAUGUGAUUGAGCCAAUCAAAGACAAUGAUGCUGCGAUCCGUAACUAUGGCAUCGAGCAGGCUGUGAGCCUGUGCCAGGAGCUUCUGACCAGUGGCUUGGUGCCAGGCCUCCACUUCUACACCCUCAACCGCGAGAUGGCCACCACAGAGGUGCUGAAGCGCCUGGGCAUGUGGAUCGAGGACCCCAGGCGUCCCCUACCCUGGGCUGUCAGUGCCCACCCCAAGCGCAGGGAGGAAGAUGUACGCCCCAUUUUCUGGGCCUCCAGACCAAAGAGUUACAUCUACCGUACACAAGAGUGGGAUGAGUUCCCCAAUGGCCGCUGGGGCAACUCCUCCUCUCCAGCCUUCGGGGAGCUGAAGGACUACUACCUCUUCUACCUGAAGAGCAAGUCCCCGAGGGAGGAGCUACUGAAGAUGUGGGGGGAGGAGCUGACCAGUGAAGAAAGUGUCUUUGAAGUCUUUGCUCGCUACCUCUCGGGAGAGCCCAACCAGCACGGCUACAAGGUGACUUGCCUGCCCUGGAAUGACGAGCCCUUGGCGGCCGAGACCAGCCUGAUGAAGGAGGAGCUGCUGCGAGUGAACCGGCAGGGCAUCCUCACCAUCAACUCCCAGCCCAACAUCAACGGGAAACCAUCCUCUGACCCCAUCGUGGGCUGGGGCCCCAGCGGGGGCUAUGUCUUCCAGAAGGCCUACUUGGAGUUCUUCACUUCCCGCGAGACGGUGGGGGCGCUUCUGCAGGUGCUGAAGAAGUAUGAGCUCCGGGUUAAUUACCACAUCGUGGACGUGAAGGGUGAAAACAUCACCAAUGCGCCUGAGCUGCAGCCCAAUGCGGUCACUUGGGGCAUCUUCCCGGGGCGGGAGAUCAUCCAGCCUACGGUGGUAGACCCUGUCAGCUUCAUGUUCUGGAAGGAUGAAGCCUUCGCCCUGUGGAUCGAGCAGUGGGGCAAGCUGUAUGAGGAGGAGUCCCCGUCCCGCAUGAUCAUCCAGUACAUCCACGACAACUACUUCCUGGUCAACCUGGUGGACAAUGAGUUUCCGCUGGACAACUGCCUGUGGCAAGUGGUGGAAGACACGUUUGAACUUCUCAAGGGGCCCUCACCAGAGCGAGAGGCAGAGGCCGUAUGAGCCCGCACCCCGGUGUCCUUGGCUCGAGGCCACCCGUGUCCUGCCUUCCUUCUCCCCAGUCCUGGUUUUCUGGGGGACCCCUCCCCUCCAUUUCUCCCGAGCCCUGGCCUCCACUCCUCAUGUGACAGCAGCUAGACCGUGUGAGGCUUCCGGGCUCGGGCCGGACCGGAGUCGGCCCCACACGGGAGCCUGGUGUCCUUGCUCCGCCGAGACCUGUGCUCUUCGGUGAGGAGCCUCUCCCUGCUGGCGAGGACCACGCGGGUAGAACAGCGUCCUCCGCGAGGGGGAGAGGCGGGGUGUUGCCCACUGGGCCCUGGAACCAGAGCAGCCCCGGGGAGAUGCUGGCCUGGGGCUGCCGGUGGCCUUGUGCUCCCGGUGCACACGCCGUCACGAAGGGCCGCCCGCUGGCCUCCGAGGCGGGGGCCGCCGGCCUUUCUACCUGUGACUGGAGGGGCAGAGCGCUGUCCUGCCCACCUGCUUGCACAGGCCGCGGGCCGGGCCUCCGGACAGGCCUCGGCUGAAGCCCGUCAGCGCGAGAAAUCCCCGCCCCAUCUGCCCGAGAGCCAGCUGGGCUUUCACCUUCCUACCGUGCUGCUCUUCGCAGGAACAGUUUCUGUAUUCCGGUGGCUCAGGAGGGAAGGUGCCCCAGAGAGGAUGAAGGCCUCUGAGCCUUUAUACCUUCCCCCCCCCCCCGCCCCCAAGCCCCCAGCCACGGACGGAUUCCCUGCCUGUUCCUGUCAGGGCCAAGAUAAGACUCCUCUGAGCAG